CAGCAUGAGCCACUCUUUACCAGAAGUUUGUCUCAGUUAUGGAACCUUUGAGUUGUCCAGGGUUACCGGACUUGUCUGGAUAGAAAUGAGUGGUUAGGACAUUUUUUUUUCGUCUAAUUUAUAUGAAUGAGAAAUCUUCGUAUGUUUUUGACAUCUUGAUCAUAAAGAAUAGCGUAUGUUGUUCAUGUUGAUCAUAAAGAAUAGUCUGUUUUUUUUUUUAAUUAUCAGAAUAUACAUUUUUAUAUUUUUUUUAUAAAUUAUUAUAUAUAACAUAUUGUAUGUAACAUAACAUGUUUUUAAGCUAACUGUUUGAUGAUAACUAAUUAUGGUUGAUGCUUAUAAGUACAUCAUAAUUUAUGAGACCUUUUGGCCUAGCUAUGGUAAGGAGAAGAGAUCGGAUUUUAAAAUAAGACUCCUUGGGCCCUUCAUCUAUUACGCAAAAUGAAGACGUCAAAAAAAAAAAGGAAAAAAAAAAGAAGAAGAAGAGAAAAAAACCCCCAUCAAAAACGGACUCCUUUUAUCAGAUAGUAUUCUUUUUAAAAAAUAUAACAAAUUAAUCCAUUGCCGCACCCUCCUAGCGCCGGCCCUUCGUGCCAUCAGAUAAUAUUCUUCUUUUUUUAAAAAAAACGAACACAUUUAUUUAGAGUGAUCCAUUAUCGCGCCCUUAUGAACAUCACUAUUGAAAUAUCUGAAAUAAUGAACUGUCUCAAGCUACACGAUUUAACCCACACUGACCAAUAGAAGUUUAUUUAUUUAAAAAAAAAAAUAUAUAUAUAUAUACGUCAUCUGCCGUCAUCUUGAGAAGAUGGAGCAGGUUCGUCGGCGUUUCAUUACGGGAAAGACAUUUUGUUUCCUAACCUUCUGACCUUAGCUGAUCAGGGAUUAGUUUCAUGCCCAAUCUUCCUGUUUGACUCCUUCACACACCGCUGUUCACCAGCUUGAACCUUUUGAUCUCCGAUUCCUGAUUUCAAUAUCGUCUUCUCUCGAGUUCAUUUUUCAAACGCUCAGCCGCGGCCGUCCAAUGAGUGUGGCCACCUCUGUCAACCUUCCAAGUAGACCAAUGCAUGUAGACCGAUGCAUGUAGACCGAUGCAUGUAGACCGAUGCAUGUAGACCGAUGCAUGUAGGCCGAUGCAUGUAGGCCGAUGCGUGUAGGCCAAUGCGUGUAAGCCAAUGCGUGUAGACCAAUGCGUGUAGACCUAACUCCGUACAAGAGUAAUAAUAAUACAUCUAAAAGACAAUCAAUGAGAAUCGCCUAUAAGACAGGCACAACAGUACGCUAAAUGCUUUACAUUGUUAAAAAUGUCGUGAUAUUUUAAUUGAAAUAAUGUUUUAACGUGUUAAAAAUGUGGUGACAUUUUAAUUGAAAUAUAUUUCCAGGCAGCCAAUCGUUCACAGUAGCGUGUAAUACGUCAGCAGGCUCUGGAUCGGGUAAGAUCACUUCCCUUUUUGUGUUACAGCUAACUUCAGUGUAGAGUAAGGUUCACUUCCUUUUGUGAUUGUAAAACUAUUUGUGACCGAGGUUUGGGGCCGAGUUUUGGGGCCGAGUUUUGUCAUAAUGUAAUCUAGACCAAGCUUGGUAAUCAUAACUGUCAUAAUGUCAUCUAGACCAAGCUUGGUAAUCAUAACUGUCAUAAUGUCAUCUAGACCAAGCUUGGUAAUCAUAACUGUCAUGUCCUCUAGACCAAGCUUGGUAAUCAUAACUGUCAUAAUGUCAUCUAGACCAAUCUUGGUAAACAUAAAUAUUGUAAUAUCAUCUAGACCAAAAUUGUUAAACAUAACUGUCAUAAUGUCAUUGACAAAACUUGGUAAUCAUAACUGUCAUAAUGUCAUUAUAGACCAAACUUGGUGACCAUAACUGUCAUAAUGUCAUCUAGACCAAACUUGGUAACCAUAACUCUUAUAAUGUCAUCUAGACCAAUCUUGGUAAACAUAAAUAUUGUAAUGUCAUCUAGACCAAACUUUGUAAAAAUAACUGUCAUAAUAUCAUCUAGACCAAAUUUUUUAAACAUAACUGUCAUAAUGUCAUCUAGACCAUAAUUUGUAAACAUAACUCUCAUAUUUUCAUCUAGACAAAACUUAGUAAACAUAACUGUCAUAUUGUCAUUUAGACCAAACUUGGUAAACAUAACUGUCAUAUUGUCAUUUAGACCAAACUUGGUAAUCAUAACUGUCAUAUUGUCAUUUAGACCAAACAUGGUAAAAAUGACAGUCAUAUUGUCAUUUAGACCAAACUUGGUAAUCAUAACUGUCAUAUUGUCAUUUAGACCAAACAUGGUAAAAAUGACAGUCAUAUUGUCAUUUAGACCAAACUUAGUAAACAUGACAGUCAUAUUGUCAUUUAGACCAAACUUAGUAAACAUGACAGUCAUAUUGUCAUUUAGACCAAACUUAGUAAACAUGACAGUCAUAUUGUCAUUUAGACCAAACAUGGUAAAAAUGACAGUCAUAUUGUCAUUUAGACCAAACAUGGUAAACAUGACAGUCAUAUUGUCAUUUAGACCAAACAUGGUAAACAUGACAGUCAUAUUGUCAUUUAGACCAAACUUAGUAAACAUGAUAGUCAUAAACCAUAAACCGUGUUUAUUUAGAAGACAUCUUUAAACAUUUUAAUUUGUUGUUUAAUAGUCUCCUUGGCUGUGGCCAGCUUGAGGAUUAACUUAGGUGGAUUCAAAAAGUGCAUAGAUACAUAAGAUUUGUCAUGACGCUAUCAUUAAAAAAGUGCAUAGAUACAUAAGAUUUGUCCUGACGCUAUCAUUAAAAAAGUGCAUAGAUACAUAAGAUUUGUCCUGACGCUAUCAUUAAAAAAGUGCAUAGAUACAUAAGAUUUGUCCUGACGCUAUCAUUAAAAAAGUGCAUAGAUACAUAAGAUUUGUCCUGACGCUAUCAUUAAAAAAGUGCAUAGAUACAUAAGAUUUGUCCUGACGCUAUCAUUAAAAAAGUGCAUAGAUACAUAAGAUUUGUCCUGACGCUAUCAUUAAAAAAGUGCAUAGAUACAUAAGAUUUGUCCUGACGCUAUCAUUAAAAAAGUGCAUAGAUACAUAAGAUUUGUCCUGACGCUAUCAUUAAAAAAGUGCAUAGAUACAUAAGAUUUGUCCUGACGCUAUCAUUAAAAAAGUGCAUAGAUACAUAAGAUUUGUCCUGACGCUAUCAUUAAAAAAGUGCAUAGAUACAUAAGAUUUGUCCUGACGCUAUCAUUAAAAAAGUGCAUAGAUACAUAAGAUUUGUCCUGACGCUAUCAUUAAAAAAGUGCAUAGAUACAUAAGAUUUGUCCUGACGCUAUCAUUAAAAAAGUGCAUAGAUACAUAAGAUUUGUCCUGACGCUAUCAUUAAAAAAGUGCAUAGAUACAUAAGAUUUGUCCUGACGCUAUCAUUAAAAAAGUGCAUAGAUACAUAAGAUUUGUCCUGACGCUAUCAUUAAAAAAGUGCAUAGAUACAUAAGAUUUGUCCUGACGCUAUCAUUAAAAAAGUGCAUAGAUACAUAAGAUUUGUCCUGACGCUAUCAUUAAAAAAGUGCAUAGAUACAUUAGAUUUGUCCUGACGCUAUCAUUAAAAAAGUGCAUAGAUACAUUAGAUUUGUCCUGACGCUAUCAUUAAAAAAGUGCAUAGAUACAUAAGAUUUGUCCUGACGCUAUCAUUAAAAAAGUGCAUAGAUACAUUAGAUUUGUCCUCACGGUAUCAUUAAGAAAGUGCAUAGAUACAUUAGAUUUGUCCUGACGCUAUCAUUCUAAAAGUGCAUAGAUACAUUAGAUUUGUCCUGACGCUAUCAUUCUAAAAGUGCAUAGAUACAGUGGUACUCACGAUACGAAUUUUAUUCGUUCCGUAACCUUGCUCUUUAGUCAAUUUGCUCGUAUCUCAAAGCAAUUUCCCCCCAUUGAAAUUAACAGCAAUGCCAUUAAUCCGUUCCAGCCCCCAAAAUGCCACCUCAGUUGUUUUUUUGGUACGUGUUUUUGAAUAAUAAAACUGUAUUUAUAGAUGACAAAUAUUGCAUAAAAACAUGAUAAAAGAGUAUGUCAAGGAAUACGCUGGUUUUAUAAUGUGUAUUUACCUUGGAAAUCAGCCGACUUGAGUUUACGGAAGAUGCUGGCGGAGGUGUAGGGUGGAGGAGGUAGAGGAGGUAGGUGAAGGAGCUACUGCUCAACUCUUCUUAAUCGCUCGUUCUACGUCUCGUAUCUCAAAAAUCUCGUAUGUCAGGGCACUCGUAUGUCGAGGUCCGACUGUACAUUAGAUUUUACCUGACGCUAUCAUUAAAAUUCCUUUCGUUAUUCACGUCACUUAGCUUUAAACUUUAAAAAAUAAUUGAAACAUCCAUUGUUAAUUAUUUAAAUAGAUAUAAUAUAUACAUGGCCGAGGAUUCAAAUAAUGCAGCCGUGAGAACGCUGCCCAUAGUGUCGGGUCGACCGGGUGCCUCUUGGUUGGGGUGGCCCCCAGGCGGGGUCCUGGUCGAGCGCCCAGGCGGGGGACUUGGGUGAGGGGCCCGCGUGGGGGCCGUCCUGACCAAUGGGCAUCUCCAACGUGCCGCUCCGCGGCCCGAUACGUCGGACCGGGGAGGGGUAAUUUGGGGGGGGGGNUUAAGCUCAUCUACCACAACUACACCCUUAAGCUCAUCUACCACAACUACACCCUUAAGCUCAUCUACCACAACUACACCCUUAAGCUCAUCUACCACAACUACACCCUUAAGCUCAUCUACCACAACUACACCCUUAAGCUCAUCUACCACAACUACACCCUUAAGCUCAUCUACCACAACUACACCCUUAAGCUCAUCUACCACAACUACACCCUUAAGCUCAUCUACCACAACUACACCCUUAAGCUCAUCUACCACAACUACACCCUUAAGCUCAUCUACCACAACUACACCCUUAAGCUCAUCUACCACAACUACACCCUUAAGCGUGGCCCCCACAAUGGCCAGCUUAAGCUCAUCAACCGCAACCGCAGCUUCAAGAUCAUCCAACACAGCUACAACCUUAAGCUCAUCUGCAACAACUACAACCUUGAGCUCUGCCAGCUCUCCGGCUGACACUAACAACAACAGCAGCAGCAGCAGCACAUCUGGUAUGGUUCCGUCACGCUAUUUAAACCACGCCCUCGCUCACUCAAAAAGAAAACGGUUAAUCUAUAAACACCAUCUCAUAUAAGUAUGUAUAAUAAGACUUACAAAUGUAAACAUUUCCGCGAGUAAGUAGGAUGGAGGCUGGGGCGCCGGACGAAAACAUGUGUAGGGAGCAGGAGGUAAAUCUACCCCUCUCGCCCCAGCCACUUAAAAAAAAGCUCCUAUAAAAAACAUUUUAAUAUUUUUUUUUAACGAGGGGGUUCUCAAACUGCGGCCCGCGGGCAUGAUCCGGAUGGACAGGGGUCCCUCAUCUGACUCGCCCGUCAGCCGUAUUGGUAACUAAGAGUAUAUGUGACAAUGCCAUUCGCUUUAAUCGGGUCCAUAAUUAAUAUUGUUUCAUUUGAUGAAGAUAACUUUUUAUUUUUUCUUUAAUAUUUUUGUUUCACUGCAAAAAAUGAUAUGCAGAUUUGUAUAUGAAAUAACCAAAUAGUUUAUUGUAAAGUAUAAAUAGCUUCUUUUUUGUUCACAUAUUUCUUCACAUAUUUCUUGUUCUCUUAUAAAAGUCUUAGAAUCUCUCUUACAAUCUAUACAUCGGUUGAAAAUUAAAAAAAAAUUUUUUUUAAUGAUUAUAAAAAUGUAUUUUGUUCUGUUAUAUCUGAGAUAUUGUUGUUGUUUUUUUCACUACACAUUGUUAUCUAAUUAUAUUCACGUUAAAAUUAAACAUCUUGACCAAAGGAGCCAAAGGUGGGAGCUCCCAAAUCCAGGUCGCAGUUCCCGUGAGUGUCGUGAUCAUCCUUGUGGUCCUCGUCGUCGUCGUGAUCCUUGUGGUCAUCUGUUUACGUCACAGGUGAGGGGCUCUGUCACCAGUACAACCUGUAGUCUUGUCAUCUUUAAAAUCUUGCCCUAACGCCAUACGGUGUCUGUACAUAUCAAAUUAUCUUACGUCAAAAAUAAUGUUUGAUUUCAUUUAUUUCAGAGUGGCUUUUUUUCUUCUUAACAUCACCUCUGGGUAUUCCAUUUUUUUAGGUAUUUUACUUUACCGAUUGCAUCCCCCCCACCGCACCCCCUCUUUGUUCAAGCAUGUACACAUGGACACGUUUGAUGAAUUGUAAAUUUUAAAAAAAUGUUAUUUACUUAAUCAUAUAAUAUUUUAAAUAAUGUGGCCUAUAACAAAUAAAUAAAUAAGUAAUGAAACACAUCUAGAAGCACUCACAUUCUGUGAUCUAGAAGCACUCACAUUCUGCGAUAUUUAACACGAGAUUUAAAUUGGUGUUAAAUAAUUUAAUUUUAGUGGAAUAAACCAGAUAAUGACAAAUAUUUUUUAUUUUUUUUUAAAUAUCAAUUUAAACACAGAAAGAGAAAAGGAAUUGAAAAUCUUCAUCAUGAGCUGCUGAACAAAUCUGUGGACGGUCAUGAGUAUGUGACGAUGGACAAGGAUUCAAAGGUUAGUAAGUCUUUGCCUUCAUGUACACAUUACAUCUUCAUCUCUUAAUGUGUGUAUGUGUGUUUUUCCUGGUAUUCCACAUUCCACAAAGCUUAUGGCAUACAUUUCAAUACCAUUUAUUUGUUAUUAUUCGAGAUUUCUUGUUGUCACUUGACAUGCCAUGACAGAGCUGCGAUUACUUCCCCCCUCCCCCACCACCACAAUUGACACCGAUGAGUCUGCAAUGUGGUUCUGUUUAUGACUUUAUAGUCGUAAUGCUUGCUUUUUUCUACAAAGAAAACAAAAAUUACUGCAGGUGUUAUUUACUCAAUAUUGACACUAGACACUAAAGAUUUCAUAGUUCCAAAUCAGGGCGGAAAACAUGUCUUUGAGCGAGAAAGUUGACUGUGGCACUCGCGUCUCACCAAAGUUAUCUGUUUAAUCUAGUAGCGUGUAAACAAACAUCACGUGACCCCGUGUCUUCGGUGGCGUUCGAGAAAGAAGUUGACGAUCACGGCAUGUCUUAAAAUAGAACUUUUGUUUCGAUCAUUGAUCUUAGCAGACGUCGCCCACCGCCGAAACAACGACGUCACAGCGUCCAUCCGGCGGGUCGCCUGGAGGUCGACCGACGUCUGCGAAUCGUAUGGAAGCAUCAGCGCCGCCAUUUUUGUCCCCUGAGACGUCGGACCAGUACCCGCGAGAUGAGAGAGUCCAAGCGACGUACGCCACCGUAAACAAAAUCAGAAAUUCUGAUGCGGUUUCUGCUGCAGCUAGUAGGUAAGUCGAGGAGGGUGGGGAGUUAGUUUCGGGAAGUGGAGGCAGGGCAGUUACCAUCAUUCAGGGUAUCGAAUGGGAUUUUCAGCACUUUUCAAAACGUUGAGAGAACUUUUAUCAGUGUUGUUGGCGAUUGGUAUUGUUUGCACCUUUGAAAUAACACAUGCAAGUAUGAUGAUGAUUGAUUUUAACAUUGAGAAAAAUCUUUGCAACAUGUUUGUGUCCUUGGACUUCAGCUACAUACAUCGACACAGAUAAUGAUAAGGAAAUCGACCCACAAGAAUGUAUUAAUGUAAAUGACCUAUUAUAAACAAAUCAGUAGACAUCCUCUUGCAACGUAAGCACCCCAAUAAAAGUGUGUCUGUGAAGUAAAUACCAUGCUAGAAUACUUCUCAGAAAUGGUUUGUACGUUGAAUUGUGUCUGUGAAGUAAAUACCAUGCUAGAAUACUUCUCAGAAAUGGUUUGUACGUUGAAUUGUGCUUAAGGAAUAAAAGGACAUUAAAUUUGUUUAAUUUGAGACUUAAAGCUGUGAUGUAAUUUUAAAUUGUACCUGCACUUUUAUUUAAAGUUAUUUUUAUAGGCACUAAAUGUUCUGGGAGGCAUAUGGAAAACGGAAAGGGGAGUGGGGGGGGGGGGGCAAAAAGAUUAGUUUUUAAGGGGGUGGGGAAGUACGACAUCGUAAUGUUUCAGGGCAGAAUUUUUAUAGGCACUAAAUGUUCUGGGAGGCAUAUGGAAAACGGAAAGGGGAGUGGGGGGGGGGGGGCUACAAGAUUAGUUUUUAAGGGGGGGGGGAAGUACGACAUCGUUAUGUUUCAGGGCAGUAGGACAUCGCAAUGUUUCAAGGCAGUAGGACAUUGUAAUGUAUCAGGGCAGCAGGACCUCGCAAUUUUUCAAAAGGUUUAUCAAUUAUUAAGUAUAAGAUUUUGUGGCUGUGUAUUAGUGGAGACGACUCCUAAUAAACAGAACUGGGGGAGGGGUGAGUCCAUAGGGACUUAGUUUCCGCUUCUUGGAUUGCUAAAAGGGGGUUGGGAAGUGUUGCCACGUAAGCCGCGAUUGAAACAAUCAUUACCGCAGGUUACCUAUCAUGUCUUCUGAUUAUAGCCCUGGAGCGACCAACGGUACCAGGAGUGAAAGAGGACCGGCAGAUUCAACCCAUGAAGCAAAUGAAUACUCGCAUCUAGCUCGUCACAGGAAGGAGGGGAGGAUGACCGAAAAUCAUUACGAUGGCUAGAGGCUGGUGCCAACUGGAAGACUUUGCUGGGCAGACAAGAUGAUAGGAUAGUCAGAUACAAGAUAAUAGGAUAGUCAGAUACAAACAAGACACUAUGAUAGUCAGAUACAAGACACUUUGAUAGUCAGAUACAAGACACUAUGAUAGUCAGAUAAAAGACACUAUGAUAGUCGGAUACAAGAUUUUUAAAAAUAAUUUAACAUUUCUUAUCUUUCCUUUUUUUAAAAAUAUUUCGUAAAUAACAAGUAAACAGUAAAAAUAAAGAACACAGAUUUUGAAUUUCUUUUUAGUCAGAUGAACAUUUCAAUAGCUUUGUUGGUACCCACCUUAACAUCCAAAUGAACAUUAAAUAUGUAUUUAGUAAACAUCUUAACAUGAGAUGAACACAUUUAAAUAUACGUUUUAGCCAUGGUAAUAACCCUACAGCUCCUGGGAUCCUUUCAUUUCCAAUAAUGUCCAUGUUUGUAAAUAUUUGUAAAUAUUUUUUUUUCCUUUACCGUGACAUGUUCAUGUUUUGGCAGCAGCUUUGACUGUAACGCCGUUACAAAUGGUGUCUCUUUUGUUCGAUGUGAGAUCCACUGCCCGUAAGUGUUCUUUGUGAAGUUUUAAAUAUUUUAAUUUUUUUUUUUAAAUUGAACUUGGAAAUUUAGAGGAAGGAAUAAUAUCAGAAAGUCAAAACUCAUUACAUCAAAAUAUCGAAAUUAACGGGUGGACCAGGAUGUGAACACAACUCUGACCUUUCGAUAAUGUCUGGAACAGAAGGGAAUAUUGGCUCAAAAAGUCAAACCACAGAAGGGAAUCUUGGCCUAAAAAGUCAAACUUCUCUCAAGUCAAGUUAAAUGAUAUUGAGAGGUGAAAAUUUAUGAGACAUAAAAAUUAAUUUUUUGACUUUGUACCGCGCUUCGAACCUUUGGGGAUGAAGAGUGUUUUUGAAAUAAACUUUAUCAUCAUUAUUGUUAAGAGCAGUAUUUCAUAAUUAUAAAUGUUUUUUUUAUCUUUUUUUUUGUGAUGCUGUCUAAGUCCAGAGAACUAUUUUUGUGAUGCUGUCUAAGUCCAGAGAAUUAUUUUUGUGAUGCUGUCUAAGUCCAGAGAACUAUUUUUGUGAUGCUGUCUAAGUCCAGAGAACUAUUUUUGUAAUGAUGUCUAAGUCUAGAGAACUAUUUUUGUAAUGCUGCCUAAGUCCAGAGAACUAUUUUUGUAAUGAUGUCUAAGUCCAGAGAACUAUUUUUGUAAUGAUGUCUAAGUCUAGAGAACUAUUUUUGUAAUG